CACUAAAAUAAAUUUAGCAGUUUAACUUAAUUAUAUUUUUAGUAAUUAGAACUUUAUAGAUAUCUGAUGCUGGUGAUAUUAGUCAGAAUUGUAUUACGUUGAUGAUGAUAAGUUCUCAGGAUUUCUGCUACAUGACAAAUAAUGAAAAGUAUUUUUUUAGAAGGGUGAAUGUUCUGUGGUUCAGCUGCAGUAUGAAGUAAAAAAAUCAGAAGUAUGCAAUAAAUUUUGAAUUGCACCUUCUGAUUCUUUAAUGAUGAAGGCCAGAGAAGGUGAUCCUAUAUUGUAUUCACGUACUUGGUGUGUUCAAGGUAUACAGUAGAGAGUCGUAUAUCGACUUUGAGAAAUGUUCUCAUCACUUUUGAAGUGUUUCUCAACAGGUUCUGGCUUAAUGUAUUUGCAUCUAACUGUAUAUGUGUAAAUAACAUUUGCAUUUUCUAAGGCAGUAGUUUGUUUGACCAAAGUUGAGGUUCCCCCUGUAGGUGUGAGUCUACGUCACAGCUAGUUGGGCAGCUGCUUGUCCUACUUCUCCUUUCCCUCCAGGGUUUCAAUCAAUAAUUUACCUGGCCCGGUCAUAUCGAUGGCACCUACUCCCUUUUUUUCUUCCCCUCGCUCGCUUGCUCGUUCUUUCCACGAAAACUGUUGAUGACAAGCGGGUGAAAGAGCUCAUUAACAAAUGACAGAAGAAGGGAGACAGGGAGGAAAGCACUAUCAUUCUAUCAGACAGGUGUUGUCGGUCUGUGGGACAACAGCAGGAGCAGAAGGACUUCAGUGAAGGUGACUUUCACUGUCUGAAGACGCCGAUAUACAAAGGUUGAGGAAAACUUCUUCAGAAGUCUGAAUGGGAAUACAGCGUCUUUACAGAAGUUUGUUCUGUCUCUGACGAUUGUUGUUUUGAGGCUUUUUUUGUUCUUUGAGGCUCAUAUUGUGUUUGAAAUUGGUCACCAUGUCCGGAGCCACCAGUGACCAGCUGCACAGAUCAACUUUAUCUGUCUAUGUGAACCUGAUGGAGCACUUCAAUCCUGGCCUGCAGAAGCUCGUCGCUUUAGGAAACAGCUAUGUCAAAGCCUUCCAAGCCUUAGCUGUUUGCAGCGAGGCGUACUUCAGCGCUGUGGCUAAGAUGGGUGACCAGGCCCUUCACACGCUCUCAUCCCGCUCUCUUGGGGAUGUCCUGAUCCAGAUAUCAGAAACACAGAGGAGACUCACCGCAGAGAUGGAAGGAGUGUUUCGAUGGUUCCAGAUAGAGGUGUUGCAAGCCAUGGAGAAGAAUGUCAAGUUGGACGAGGAGUACAUUGAUGGGAGCCGCAGAGUGUACGAGCUGGAGGUGAGAAACCAGGCAGAAGCUUUGGAGAAACAGCUCAGACGAGGAGCCUACAGAGACUCUCUGGAGAACAGUGAGUACAUGUUGUACCUGAGGCAAAGUCAGCAGGAGAUUCUGAAGGAGGAGGAGAGGAGGUAUCGCUUCUUAGCAGAGAAACACUGUGGCCUCACUCAGUCACUGCUCUUCCUUAUAAACAAGACGGGUGCGUCUCUUCAGCAAAAGGCUGAUGGAUGGAAGGAGAAGGUGAACGACACCAGAGGGUCCAGACCUCGAACUCCCACUCAUUUGGACCAAGACGCGCAGCUGCGAGGUUCAGUGAGCUCCCUGCUGCAGACUGUAGCCAGAGAUGAAGACAUGUCCUGGGCCAGGAGGGAGCAGCAGGCACUGGGCAGAGUGCCCUCUAGAGCACCGUCUCCGCUCCCAAGCCGCUCUCGCUCCAGCUCCGUGGGGGAAUCUCUGGGUCUGGGUGGAGGGAGAGCCAUGAGAGCCCUGGUGUCUCACCCCUCCUCAUCCAACCCCAAACUUCUGCCUUUCAACAGGGGAGAGACCGUCACCGUACUGGUCCAGGAGCCACGCAACGGCUGGCUGUAUGGACGCACUGACAGCAGCCUGCGUCAGGGCUGGUUCCCUGCUGCGUAUGUGGCCCCUAUCGAGGAUUUCUCCAACACUUUAGCAACAAGUGGUGGUUCUCUAAGAAGCCACAGUAUGAACAAUCUGCUGGACCCCACCGACACUUACACCGACCAGUCAGAGAACAAAAGCUACGGAGAUGUCCCACCGCCAGCCACGCCCAACCGCAGAGCCUCUGUCGACUUCCGGCCGGUCUCUCCUCUCCCCGAGAAGAAGCUGGAGCCAGUCGUGGAGUCGAAGCCCGGCCAGACGAAGAGCUACAAUGAUCACCUGCCUCCACCUCCUCCCCCGCCGCCUCCUCCUCCCUCAAAUCAGAAUCUUAGAAGGGGCUCUGUAGAUUUUCGCCCAAUCUCUCCCCUCCCUGAGAGGAAGGGUGAGUCAGCAUCUGAUGCCCAGGCAUUAUCACCUCAUGGGCCUCCUGAAAAUCCACUGUUUCCCAGAGGCACAAACCCAUUCGCCACCGUGAAGCUUCGCCCCACGACGACCAAUGACAGAUCCUCUCCUCGGAUCCUCUGAUCCUUCUGCGCAUCACGCAGGCUGGGUUUGUGACCCAGAUCUGCCAGAUCAGGUUGUGGAGGCAGGAUAUACCUUUUUGUUUAAGGAAAAUGUAAUCACAGCUCUGAAAUGUGAUGGCGUUGAGCUGGAGGGACAGGGGAAGGUUAGGUGGACUUUUUGUACAGUGUUAGAUUAAGUGAAGUAUUUCUCAUAACAAACAUAAAAGUGAGACUGUAGUUCAUCUAAAUGAUUUAGUAUCAAAACAAAUUUUAGCAGCUCUUUGUACAGUUUCAGAGUUUUUAUAGAUAGGCCUGUUUGUUUCUUAUAUAGAGAUAUCAAAGGAUUAUUUACACAUUUAUGGAAAUAUGCUAAUUUGCUUUCUUGCCAAAAGUUGGAUUAGAAGAUAAAUAGCACUCUUUUACAUAUCUGCAGCGUGUCGGUUUAGCAUAAAGACUGGAAACAGGAGUAAACAGUUAGCCUGUGUCUGCCAACAGGUAACAAAAUCCACCCACCAGCACAUUUGCUGUAAAAACAGCAAGAUUCCUUCUUUAUCAAGGCUGCUACCUGCAACAACAUAUUUGUUAUUGAUCCUCAUCUAAUUCUUGGCAAGCAAAAUGAACAGCCAUAUUUUUCAAAAUGUCAAACUAUCCCUUUAAGCUGUUGACAGCUUGUGAUUAUUUUAUUAGCAAAUGUGUCCCAAAUAGGAUUUUUGGGUUCAUGUGAAACAUAGGAUGUCUGACGUGACAUUGAUAGCUUUCCUUGAAAGCCACAGCUUCUCAUCUAGCGUUUGUAAAUUUGUAAUCCUCUUCAUCCUCCUGUGAUUGACAUGUUUUGAAAUGUGUUGUGCGUUGUUGUUUCGUGAGUUUAACAUUUUGUGUCCGUUGUGAGUAAAAUAAGUAAAGAGACAGUUAUUACUCAAGUUUUCUUUAUUAUCAUUUCUUUUCUCUCUUCACAGCUCGUCUUAUAUAUCAUUUUAUCUACUACAUCAUCUGAUCAGAGGCAGGGAGUGAGGAGGAGGAGAUAGAGGAGGUGAGGUGAGGUGAGGCGAGGUGAGGUGAGGUGAGGGAAGGUGGAUGAGGAAGAGGAGCGGGAGGAAAAGUGCACUGAUGUGUGAACAUCUAGAAGUAAAACCAAUCAGACAAAAUGCACAACCUGAAAUACACAAAAGAAGGAAAUAAAGAUUCAAGAAGUCUUCAUAACAUCUACACCAUCUACAGCACUAGUACCACCUGUUUUGAGACCACAAACUAUCUUCAUGAAAUCAUUUAUAAUGAUUCUGAAACCCAUACAGCAUGUGCGAUUAAAUAUAUAUAUAUAUAUAUAUAUAUAUAUAUAUAUAUAUAUAUA